GAGGAGCGGCGCUGACGUCGGGGUCAUGGACGGGGGCGGCGUCGAGGACCGGGCGGCGUGCGCCUCGGCCUCGGAGGGCCUGGAGGAGGGCGAGGUGGAGGGCGAAACGCUUCUGAUCGUGGAGUCGGAGGAGCGGGGCUCGCCGGACCUGUCGCACGACCACAGCGGCGACUCCCUGGCCAGCGACCCCGGCGAGGAGGCGGACGCCGUCUGGGCCUGCGACCACUUGGCCUUUUACUGCGAGCGAUGCCACAAGUGGAUCCCCGCCGCUCGCCUCCACGGCAACCAGCCCAGCUACCUGAAGGGCGACAACUUCUUCAAGUUUGUGUGCCGCGACUGCUCCGAGGACGGCGAGGAGAGCUUCGAGAGGAUGCGGCUCACCUGGCAGCAGGUGGUCAUGCUGGCCAUGUACAAUCUGUCUCUGGAGGGAACCGGACGCCAAGGCUACUUCCGCUGGAAGGAGGACAUCUGCGCCUUCAUCGGCCGCCACUGGAACUUCCUCCUGGGAUCCAGGAAAAAGACGUCCACCUGGUGGAGCACGGUGGCGGGGUGUCUGUCGGUGGGCAGUCCGACUUUCUUCCGCUCGGGGGCCCAGGAGUUCAGCGAGCCGGGAUGGUGGAAGCUGGUCCACAACCGACCUCCGACCCUGCGCGCCCACGCCCACAAGGCCGCCGCCAAGGCCAAAGGCGCGGCUCGCAAAGCGGCGGCGGCGGCAGAGCCGGCCGUCGCCGCGGAAGGUUUGCGCAAGCGGGGCGGCAGGAACCCGGUGGAGACGGCCAUGCAGCUGAAGGAGAAGCGCUCCCGCACGCAGGAGGCCAAAGACAUCCGGCGGGCUCAGAAGGAGGCGGGCUUUUCCGAGCGCGGCGCCGCCCCUUCCGCGCCCGUCAAGGCGGGCGGCGGCGGGCGGCGGCAUCCUCCGCCGGAAGCCCUCCUGGAGAAGGGCGAGGUGGUGGAUUUCUCCUCCGUCAGUUCUUCGGACAGGACGCCGCUGACCAGCCCGUCGCCGUCGCCCUCGCCCGACUUCUCGGCGCCCGGGACGCCGGCCUCCCACUCGGCCACGCCCAGCCUGCUGUCGGAGGCCGACCUCAUCCCGGACGCCAUGCCGCCCCAGGCUCUCUUUCACGACGACGAGGAGAUGGAGGCGGACGCCGCCAUCGACCCCGGGAUGGAGGACGCCCCUCCGCCCGCCGCCUCGGCGCGCACAAUCUCGGAGCGCAAGAGGUCGUCGGCCCGCCGCGACAAAAGCCGCGGGAGCCCUCCCGUUCCUCGCCACGCCCUCAUGGGCCCCUACGACGAGCGGACGCUGCGGCGCCGUCUGGACGCGUGCCCGCUGGCGCUGGCCGUCACGCCGCAGGCCCGCCGCCUCCGCCGCAAGCUGCUGGUGCGGCAGGCCAAGCGGCAGCAAGGACUCCCCCUGCUGGACAUCGACCGCGCCCUCAGUCUGGCGGGAGGAGUCUAUGGCGCUCGGGAGGCGGCGGCGGGGGGCGGGCGGCCCGGCGCCGGCCGGGAUCUGCGGGUCUUGGACCGCUUCCAGGCCAAAGCUUCGACUCGCCGCGGGUCGCCCUCGCCUCGGCUCUCUUUCGGCUGUCGCCUGACGGGCGCCGACGGCGCUUCGGAGCAAAGCGUCAAGAGCCCGUACACGUCCCGCUUCCUCAAAACGUACAUCAGGCGCGACUACGAGAGCCGUCCCCCGAAGAUGCGCCUGCUGGCCGAGAUCCGAGCGCACGCUCACCGCCGCGAGCCCGGCUGGACCCCGGAGGCCGACGCCCCCCUGGACUACUGCUACGUGCGGCCCAAUCACAUCCCCUCGGUCAACGCCAUGUGUCGCCACGGCUUCUGGCCAGGAGUGGACCUGUCGGAGUGCCUGCAGUACCCCGACUUCAGCGUGGUGGCGCUCUACAAGAAGGUGGUGGUGGGCUUCGGCUUCAUGGUGCCCGACGUCAAGUACAACGAAGCGUACGUCUCGUUCCUGCUGGUGCACCCCGAGUGGCGGCGGGCGGGCAUCGGAACCUUCAUGAUCUACCACCUCAUCCAGACGUGCAUGGGCAAGGAUGUGACUCUGCACGUGUCCGCCAGCAAUCCCGCCAUGUUGCUUUACCAGAAGUUCGGCUUCCAGGCCGAGGAGUACAUCCUGGACUUUUACGACAAGUACUACGCCUUGGACAGCGCCGAGUGUCGACACGCCUUCUUCCUGCGAUUGCGACGCUGACGCCGCCCCCUUCGUCUUCCCGUCAUUUGAGCCAAUAAAAACUCCAUCCGCG